UCCACGCACAACACACACACAACACUCUCUCUCUCUCUCUCGUAGUCCCCAGGAACAAAACUUUAAUAAUUCAUUUUUUUUUUUUUGCUGGUUCAUCGAUUUUUCUCCAGAAGAAUAAUUUGGAAAAAAAGGCAGUGCUUUUAUAUCUAUCUCCCUACUUUAUCUCUCCUCUAUCUCCGGCGAUUCCAUCUCUCAAUUUGUCUCUCUCUCUCUCCCCUUUUCUUCUUCUUCAAUGACACCGUAAAACCCUAGAAGAUAACAACAGUACACUCCACAAGCUCAAAAAAAUGACCAGAUCUCAUCUCUCCCUCUGUCUCCUCCUCCUCUCCUUGCUCAAUUUCGCCGCUCCUCAAGACGACGCGACGAUCAUGCAAUCCCUCAAAUCGAGCCUGAAUCUCACAUCGGACGUGGACUGGUCGAACCCCAACCCUUGCGAAUGGGACACCGUCCAAUGCGACGGGAGCAGCCGCGUCACUCGGAUCCAGCUCAAGCAGAAAGGCGUCCGCGGCACUCUCCCUCCGGAUCUCCAGAAACUCUCCGAGCUCGUCGUCCUCGAGUUCUUCUCCAACAAAAUCUCCGGCCCGAUCCCCGAUCUCUCCGGGCUCACUCAUCUACAGACUCUCAACCUCCACGACAACCUCUUCGAUUCGACUCCUAAGAAUCUCUUCUCCGGGAUGAACUCCUUGCAAGAGGUGUAUCUAGACAACAACCCUUUCCCUUCUUGGGAGAUUCCGGAGACCGUCAAGGAAGCGACCUCUCUCAAGAACCUUUCUUUAAUUAACUGCAACGUCACGGGUUCGAUUCCUGAUUUCUUCGGUUCCGAGACUCUCCCGAGCCUCGCUUCUUUGAAGCUGUCUCGUAACAAUCUACACGGAGGUUUGCCUUCGAGUUUGUCGGGUUCGUCGUUGCAGCAGCUCUACCUCAACGGACAGAAGCUCAACGGAUCAAUCUCGGUGCUGCAGAACAUGACGUCUCUCGUCGAGGUUGAUCUCCAAGGUAACGCCUUUUCAGGUCCAAUCCCUGAUCUCUCUGGUUUGCAGUCUCUGAGGCUCUUCAACGUAAGAGAGAAUCAGCUCACCGGUGUUGUCCCACCGUCGUUUACUGGUCUCAAGUCUCUUACUGUCGUGAAUUUGACUAAUAAUUUAUUUCAAGGACCCAAUCCGUUAUUCCAGAAGUCUGUUAGUGUUGAUGCGGUAGCGAAAACGAAUAGCUUCUGUCUGGAUACCGCUGGUGCUCCGUGUGAUCCUCGUGUUGAGACCUUGCUGUCUAUAGCUGAGUCGUUUGGUUAUCCGGAGAAGCUGGCUAUGAGUUGGAAAGGAAAUGAUCCGUGUGGUAGCUGGCUUGGGAUUACUUGUUCGGGGAGUAAUGUUACUGUGGUUAAUCUAGGGAGGCAGGAGCUUACCGGUUCGAUAUCUCCGAGUUUUGCUAAGCUUGAUUCGUUGGAAACUAUCAAUCUUUCUAAUAAUAAACUUAGUGGGAGUAUUCCGGAGGAGCUUACCACUUUGCCUAAGCUUAGGACGCUUGAUGUGUCUAACAAUGACUUCUACGGUGGUGUGCCCAAGUUCAGGGAAAGUGUGAAUGUGGUGACUACUGGUAACCUUAACAUCGAUAAGGAUGGACCUGUCUCACCGAGUGGUGUAACUCCUGGAACUCAUGGAGGGUCUGUAGAUAAUAGCACUGGUGGUGGCGGUGGCGGUGGCGAAAGUUCUAAGAAGUCAACAAGGAGUGUCAAGAUCAUUGUUCCUGUGGUUGGUGUUGUUGUUGGUGCAUUGUGUCUUGUAGGGCUCGGUGUUUGCCUCUACGCCAAGAAGAGAAGGAGACCCGCUAAAGUUCAGAGUCCAAACACCAACAUGGUGAUUCAUCCGCAUCACUCUGGUGACAGCGAUGCAGUUAAACUCACCGUUGCGGCUUCUAGUCUCAACAAUGGGGGAGGAGGAGGAACCGAGAGCUCUUACAGUCACAGCGGAAGCGCCAACAGUGACAUACACGUCGUGGAGUCUGGGAACUUGGUUAUCUCCAUACAGGUUUUGAGGAGUGUGACGAACAACUUCAGCGAAGAGAAUAUCCUCGGGAGAGGCGGUUUCGGUGUAGUUUACAAAGGUGAACUCCACGAUGGAACGAAAAUAGCUGUCAAGAGGAUGGAGUCUUCUGUUGUGAGUGACAAGGGACUCGCUGAGUUCAAAUCAGAGAUAACUGUGUUGACUAAAAUGCGUCACCGUCAUCUCGUUGCGCUUCUAGGGUACUGUCUUGAUGGUAACGAGAGGCUUCUUGUCUAUGAGUAUAUGCCACAGGGAACAUUGAGUCAGCAUUUAUUCCACUGGAAAGAAGAAGAGAGGAAACCUCUUGAUUGGACUAGAAGGUUGGCUAUUGCAUUGGAUGUAGCUAGGGGUGUUGAGUAUCUACACACGCUUGCUCAUCAGAGUUUCAUCCAUAGGGAUCUUAAGCCAUCAAACAUCCUUCUUGGUGAUGACAUGAGAGCUAAAGUCUCUGACUUUGGGUUAGUCCGUUUAGCCCCUGAAGGCAAAUACUCCAUCGAGACUCGUGUCGCUGGGACCUUCGGUUACCUUGCUCCAGAAUAUGCAGUGACUGGAAGAGUGACGACCAAAGUAGACAUCUUCAGCCUUGGGGUUAUACUUAUGGAGCUGAUCACUGGACGUAAAGCUCUUGAUGAGACGCAACCUGAGGACAGCGUCCAUCUAGUCACAUGGUUCCGUCGUGUAGCAGCAAGCAAAGAGAAAGACGAAAACGCCUUCAAAAACGCGAUAGACCCAAACAUCAAACUCGACGAGGACACCUUAUCCAGCGUUGAAAAAGUUUGGGAGCUUGCUGGUCAUUGCUGUGCACGUGAGCCUUACCAAAGACCUGACAUGUCUCACAUUGUUAACGUUCUUUCUUCGCUCACAGUCCAAUGGAAGCCCACUGAGGUUGAUCCUGAUGACCUAUACGGUAUAGACUACGAUCUUCCGCUUCCGCAGGCGGUUAAGAAGUGGCAAGCUUCUGAGGGGCUUAGCCAGACGGGAGAUGACUCUGGAUCUUCGUCCUCGGUUUAUGGAAGUAAAGACAAUACACAGACAAGUAUCCCGACACGCCCGUCUGGAUUUGCUGACUCGUUCACUUCUGUGGAUGGACGUUGAAGAAAAUAAAAGACUGCGUUUCUCAGUUUCGUUAAAACGUUUUUAGUAGUAUAGAAGUAGUAGAUGGAGAAGCAUUGUGUGAAAAUUCUCUUUUCUUGUUCUUUGUUUUUGUCUGAAGCAUUUUACUUAUGACAUCUAUUUUCAUGAAAACUUUUGGUUUAAGUGUUUAUGCAAACAUAAAAUAUCUAUACUAUA